UCCAAGACUACCAGCAAUGAUGUACUAUGGCAAGGACAGUAGCAGUGGCGGUGGCAUUUCCGAGCUGGACACGAUAGCGAAUGUGAUCGGGCUGAAGGGUGUCGGUACGUCGUCCCUGCGCACCUUCGUUGAGAUGUGGUAUCAUAUCUUUCUCUGGGCACUAUUUUCGUCCAUCUUUGUGCACACGUGCGCCGCCGUGAUCGCGUUCGUGACGCUCCGGAAGCACAAGUUUGGACGUUUCUUUUCCAUCUUUAUCUUCGUGAUGGGUGUCCUGUCGCCGGCGACCGGUGGUGUCGUCAGCAGUACCGUCAUUGCCUUCGUACACAGAGCGUCCAACUUUCAGAUGUCACCGAUUGCGGCCAUGAUCUGGGGCGUCGGGCAGACGAUCGUGUCGGCGUGCUUUGGUUUUACGCGCAUCUUGGCAACACUGUAAGGGACCGCCCGCCAUCAU